UUAAUAAAGUAAAAUCUACAAGUGAGACCAACUACAUCAUUCAAGUCAAAAGUUAAAAGAAAUUGAAAAUUUAUAUCUAUAUAUGACGUUUAAAUAGUUUUCUCCCCACUGGUUUUAUGCCAUUUUGUUGAAGAACGGAUGAGUCUAAACGGGCGAGAAAAAAAAUCAGGCGAAGAAAAGGCAAGAACGAGAGGAAGAGCCCAUUCUUCGCCCGAAUUUUUUUCUCGCCGUUCAGAUUUUUCCCCGCCCCCAGUAACUGCCUCUGGCUCUCCAAGGAUGCGUCGUGGUUUGCUACCUAUUGUCACGGAAAAGGUCACAGAUAACUUCAUGAAUGUUUUCAACGGUGUCACAUCUUCUAGUGUAUUCUUUCACCGUUGCGUUUUGCUCUAUUUCUUAACAAUACCAGUGGGCUGCCUAGCAACAACAGAAAAGCCUGGCCUGACUCCGGAAAUGCGUCAUCCGGUAUAUAAAUUAGCAUCCAAAACCGCUAUGGUCAGCUAAAAAACGAAUUCGUCCUGGGUAAGCAAAAUUCGUAAUAACGUACGAUGAAAAGGGAUUUUGUCACUUUUAAGUCUCAAAAAGAUUCCUUGCAUUCUCGAAAAUGCUGGGAUUCCAGCAGAUUUCUUUCUACAUAAACAGCCACUAGGUUCAAAGUUGUAAAUAUAGGUGAGUUCUUAUAGUGACGUCAUCUUCCAACUGAAGAAGGGGAAUCCCCGGCAGGGACGGAUCGGAGGGGCGUAACGCGGUCGCGCGCAAAAGUGUUCAUUUGUUUGGGAAACUGCGUGCUGGAUUGAAAUAUCGUUUUACGUGGUGGAUCGUCAGAUAUGUUUAUAUGAGGAAGUGACAGCAGUUUUACGGCAUGGUAUCAAUCUGCAGUUUGUAAUCAACCCCAAAUAAGAUCAUAUUGGGUUGUUACUGCAGUUAAUUCAACUUUAUGAUCUUUCAAGGAUAUUGAUUGCACUUGUAUGUUUUCCGCUUUCUGCUUCAAGGAGAUGAGCUUUAUUUUUAGUCUAACUCCUUUGCGCAAGAGGCACUGCACUUCAGGAAAAAUACUUCUAACGAUUUUGGUGUUUCUUACCGUCUCAACAGUCAGCAGUUUACCAAAUAAAGUUCAUGAGUGUCCAAACUGCAGUGGACAGUUCAUCAAAAUUGUUGAUCCUUCAACAGGAAAAUGUGUGGGCUGUUGGCCUUGCACAGAAUGUUUAGAUGGUCAUGGUUCAUCUGUUCCAUGUGGAGCAACUGUACCUGUUGGCACAAAAAUUCACUGUGUGCUAUGUGUCAAUGGUGCAAAUUUUUCGGACAGUUAUAGUACUGAUCAAUGUCAACCUUGUGGAGUAUGUGCAGGCCAACAUGAACAUGUCCUCAGCAAAUGCACACGUGAAAGAGAUGUCAAGUGCAAUUGCAAAGCAGGGUUUUAUCGGAACAAAACAAAUGAUAAAUGUCUUCCCUGUAGUUCCUGCCCUAGCUGCUUGAGGGANAAGAAGCGGAAACCCAGACGAAUACCUCAAAACAAUACAAACCAUAUACCUGAAGAUAUUGAUAACAUCCCCAGAUAA